GAAAACGAAAGUACGGCAACAACUUCACAGGCAUGAUCAUCCAAAGAAUAAGGUGACGUUAUCGAUAUUCGUGGGUCAUGGCGGCCGCAACCACCGUACUGUUUCCCUUCCAAACCCGUCUGAGCUGCUCCACCGGGUUGGUAGCCCAAAUAAUGACGACGACGACACAGCUGAGGCCUCGACGACGUCGUCGAAAGGCAUUUGUAUCAGGACCUCCGUCCCGCCACUCUGAGAUCUACAAUCGGAAAGCUUGCACCUUCACCUACCGUACCUUUGACAACGUCCCUCUCCACCACUUCCCCGGUGCUCCUCCGGAUUGGUUUGAAGAGUACAUGGAGGACAUGGGAAGAGUAAUGGGAGCUAUCAUUCCAGAAAAAUCAACAGCUUUACGCCUCAAUCAGGAAGAGUGGAGAAUAAACAUGCCAGUGAUACAAGCCCUGUUCUUGAAGGUAGAGCCAGUGAUAGACGUAAGAGUGACAACAAAAUCGAAUGGACAAGAUUACCCUCCUCAUGUUCCUUCCCACAUCCCCAAGCUCUACGAGACUCGCACUACAAGGUGGGAGUUUCAAGGGCUGCAUUCAGAUUACACGCCACCUUUCUUUAGCCUCGAAGCUUCUGGAACCUUGUACCGCCCUCUAACUCAUGCAACUGAUGAUGGUAGCUGCAUUAUUAAGAAUCAGUUAGAGGCCAAUGUUACCAUUGUUUUCCCUCCACUUCUCUCUUGGGUUCCUCAGCAUGUGUUGGACAAUAUCUUGGAUUCGAUUAUAAGGACAAUCGUGGAGGACAUCAAGAGAGGAUACAAGUUCAGGUUGUUAGCAGAUUACAGAUCAUUCCAGAGGAGCAAGUUAAAGAAUUCGACCUAGCCAGCUAGUUCUCUCAUAACGACGACGCCCCAUAUAUAUUUAUCGGAUUUAAGUUAAAAUCGCGCUCAUUGCUUCUUCUCCUUCUGUUUAAUUUUUCACGUUUCAGUUUUUAAAAUUCUAAUGAUAAUUAAUGGUCAAGGAUUGCAUCAGACCAGCAAAAGACAAAACAUACAUACAUGCAUACGCAGGCAGAUUUUG